GAAGCGCUGGGCUUCAUGCUCACGUGAAUCUCCUGGAAGUUGGUUCGCUUUUGGCCCAAGAAACUGAUCGAGGUUUUCCGCCGAGGAAUCCGUCAGAAUAAACCUCUACGAUGUUCCUGCAGUUCUAUCUCAAUGAACAGGGAGACAGGGUCUACACGCUCAAGAAGAUAGACCCCUCUGGCCAGCCGACGUGCUCAGCCCAUCCUGCCCAAGCCCCCAGACGGCUGGGGUACUCUCGCCACAGGAUCACCAUCAAGAAACGCUUUGGUGUCUUGAUGACCCAGCAGCCUCGACCGGUGGUAUAAACCGUGUUCCUUUUGUCGUCAGCUGACACUGAUGCGGCCCAUCAAGAUGGGAUCAGCUUUUUCCAGGGUCACCUUGGAGCCAUGCAUGGUGAAAGAAUAAGAGCUGCAUCUCCCUUACAUGGUCUGCUUCUCUGUUGGACUAGGGAUGCCUCCGGUGUGUUUAAAUCUGUUUUCGU